AUGGACACCCUGAGGACCUUGCUGCUUGUCGCCCUGCUCUUGCUGCCUGCCGAGGCCCAGCAGGCCUCCAAACAGCAGCUGAAGCCUUGGCUGGUGGGCCUGGCGGCUGUGGUGGGCUUCUUGUUCAUCGUGUAUGCUCUCAUGCUCGCCAACCGCAUCUGGUGUUCCAGAGCAAGAGACGAGGACGAGGAGGAGAUGAUGUUCAGAAUGCAGGCCCCCAACUUGUACCAGGACGUGGGCUCGAGCAAAGAAGGUAAGAGGGAGAAGAAGAAGAAGGAGAACAAGGAGGAGAAGAGUGAGGAGGAGGAAGGAGAGAGCAAUCUGGGCCUAGAGCUGGAGGAGGACAAGGAGUCCAUGGACCACAGGAAUGAAAAGAACACAGCCAUGUGA